AUGUCCGACGACGAGAAGUCCAAGUCGCGUACCGAUCUGGAGAACCCAGCCGACGCCGACGCCACCCCGACGCUGGCGCGCGUAUCCAGCAAGCUCGGCAGCGAGAUUGCGCUCGAGCGCAACUUCUCCUUCCUGUCAUGUCUCGGCCUGGCAUUCGCGCUGCUCAACUCGUGGACCGCCAUGAGCGCCAGUCUGUCCGUCGUGCUGCCCUCGGGCGGCUCAGUCUCCAUGGUUUGGGGCCUGCUCGUGUCCGCGCUCGGCACGCUCGCCAUGGGCCUGUCGCUCGCCGAGAUCUGCCACGCCUUCCCCAUGACCGGCGGCCAGUACGACUGGGCGUACAUCCUCGCGCCGGAGAGCCUGCGCAACGGCCUGUCCUUCUUCGUUGGCUGGAGCGCGGCCGGCGGCUGGGUCGCCAUGUCCGCUGCCGCGUGGGCAUUCAUCGCCAACUUUGUCUUUGGCAUCCUCGCCCUCUGGCAGCCCGACACCGAGACCAAGUCGUGGCAGUGGUUCCUGCUGUACCUCGCGCUCUCCCUCAUUCCCUUCGUCCUCAACACGUUCUUUGUGCGCACCCUCCCCGCCAUCGACCGCAUCGGCGGUGUCUGGUCGAUCAUCGGCAUUGUCGUCGUCUCCAUCACCAUCCUGGCGACUUCGCGCGGCAACUUCCAGAGCCCCAAGUUCGUCUUUGCCACCUUCUACAACGAGACUGGAUGGCCCGACGGAAUGGCCUUCAUCCUCGGUCUCCUCCAGUCGACUUUUGGCCUCACCGCCUUCGACGCCGUCACGCAUCUGAUCGAGGAGAUGCCCAAGCCCUCGCGCAACGCACCCAAGACCAUGGUUCUCGCCAUCAUCCUCGGCUCUGUCACCUCGUUCAUCUUCACCAUCAUCCUCCUCUUCGUCAUCCGCGACUUUGACACCGUUGUGUCUGCCGCCACCGGCCCCAUCCUCCAGAUCUACUACCAGGCUACGAGCUCGCAGGCUGGCGCGACCUGCCUCCUGCUCUUCAACCUCGGCGGCAUGUUCUUCUCAGGCCAGGCCAUCAUGACCGUCGCCUCGCGCAUGGUCUGGACUGUCGCCCGCGACCAGGGCCUUGGCCCCCUCUCCAACGCCCUCAAGCCCGUCGACCCUCGCUUCAAGGUGCCUGCUCGCGCCAUCAUCUUCGUGCUCGUCUGGGUGUUCAUCUUCGGCCUCAUCGAGCUCGGCUCGUCCAUUGUCCUUAACGCCAUUCUCUCGUCGUCGGUCGUGCUUCUCCAGACGUCCUACUUUUUCCCCAUCUUCCUCAUCUUCAUUCGUGGCGAGAGCGCCUUCGAGCCCGCAAGGGAGCACAUCGUUUGGUCGCUCGGCCGCUUCCGUCGCAUCGUCAACGGUAUCGCCCUCGUCUUCGUCACCGUCACCUCGGUUAUCUUCAUCUUCCCUCCCGCCAUCCCCGUCAACGGCAGCAGCAUGAACUAUGUCAUUGUUGUCGUCGGUGUCGUCGGCCUCCUCAGCACCCUCACCUGGAUCUUCCACGGUAGGAAGCACUACAAGGGCCCAAGUCAAAUUGCCGAGCGUCUCGAGAUCGCCAAGCACGCCUAA